ACUUCGUAUUUCCCUCUCAACUCAAGCUUUCCAUUUCCACAAUUCUCUCUCUCUCUCUCUCUCUCUCACACACACACACACACACUCUCUCUCUCUCUCUGUGUAAAAAUGAGAAGUAGAAACUCGGGAUACCGUAGCCGGAGCUCCAGAUCCAGUGCAAUCCAAACGCCGGACCGGUUUGCUGAGUCGCCGUGCUCCGCCUACUCCUCCUCGUCCUCCUCCCAUAACUCAAGCUCCGGCAGAAACCUUGUCGCGAUCGCCGCCAGGACCGUCGCCGGAGCUUUCGUUGGGUGCUUCACUCCGCCGGAGACCAAUUCUUCGAAGAACUUCCGUUAUUCUGACGAGCUCAAAGCUCCUUCUGUUUUUUCAGAUGCAUCGGGUGCUGGUAGUCAGACGAAGCGUGGUUCAAAUCGUGGUUCAAAUCGCAGUAUCUAUGGCAAUUCAAACAGUUCUAUCCGCACAAGAGAGCCUGGGAGUUUCAAAUUCACCAUUGCUGAAAUCUACAAGGCUACGAGGAAUUUUUCCCCAACAUUUAAAAUAGGACAAGGUGGUUUUGGUACAGUCUACAAGGGACAGCUCGAAGAUGGUACCCUUGUUGCAAUCAAGCGUGCUAAAAAGAGUGUAGGUGAUAAGCAUUUGGGAGUGGAAUUUCAAAGUGAGAUUCGAGCUUUGGCACAAAUAGAACAUCUGAGUUUGGUCAAGUUUUAUGGGUUUUUGGAGCAUGAAGAUGAAAGGAUUGUUGUUGUGGAGUAUGUCCCCAAUGGAACCCUUAGACAACACUUGGAUUGUAUACAUGGCAGUGUUCUUGAUCUUGCUGCAAGGCUAGAUAUUGCAAUAGAUGUGGCCCAUGCAGUUACCUAUCUCCAUAUGUAUACAGAUCACCCUAUCAUCCACAGAGAUAUCAAGUCUUCCAACAUUCUCCUGACUGAGAACCUACGAGCCAAGGUGGCCGACUUUGGAUUUGCUCGAUUGGCAGCGGAUAGUGAUUCAGGAGCUACCCAUGUUUCCACCCAAGUAAAAGGAACUGCAGGGUACUUAGACCCGGAAUACCUGAGAACCUAUCAACUAACUGAGAAGAGCGAUGUUUAUUCAUUUGGUGUGUUGCUGGUGGAGCUAGUCACAGGCAGACGCCCAAUUGAAUCUAAACGGGAACUCAAGGAACGCAUAACAGCAAGAUGGGCCAUCAAGAAAUUUUCUGAUGGAGAUGCAAUUUCGAUUUUAGAUCCAAGGCUGGAUCAAUCUAAUGCGAAUAACUUCGCUCUAGAAAAAAUCCUAGAGCUUGCUUUGCAAUGCUUGGCUCCUCACAGAAAGAACCGGCCAGAGAUGAGGAGAUGUGCAGAGAUCCUAUGGAGCAUCCGAAAGGAUUACAGAGAGUUAUCUGCUUCAGAUCCCCCUUCACUCUCCUCCACUUCCUUCAGGAGUUGCAUAAUCAGAGAAGAAUGAAUAUGAAUGUAUAUCCCUCAAUCACAAUGUUACAAUUUAGCCAAGUCGAAUUUGCAUUGGAUUGAGAGAGAUGCAGAGAGGGGAAAAAAAAUGAAGCGUUUAACGAUUUUUAUGCUAGAACACAAAUAAUUGAGAUUGAUUAUGUAUGUAGAAGAAAUUAUAUUAAACAAAAAAAAAGAAAAAAAAAAAAGAAAAAAAAGAGAGAAGAGUUUAGAGUCUAGUUUAGAUUGAUCAUAGGUAACUUUCAAGGUUGUUUGUUGGGUUUAUAUGAUGUCCGUUGUUUUGUAAAGGCUGGGGUUUGCUUCUUGUGUGUAUGUAUGCAUCUUGAAUUCUCUCUCUCUCUCUCUCAUUUAUGAGCAAUUUUUCAAGA